UGUAUAUACAUCAACACUAAACCGGAAAAGGAAGAAAUUGAAUUGAUCUCUACUCACACUUCUUAGUUUUCUUCCUUGAGGGGAUGUGUAACUAAGUUGCUUUUCACGCUCCGACUGGUUUAUAUACUUCGGUUCAGUCAUGUACUCCGUUUACUUGUGACCGGCGAGUAAUGCGAUGGACUCUAGGAUGAUGUGGGGACAGACAUCAUAAACACAGCUAGUGGAACGGAGAGGCAUAUAUUCAAGUUACAGAACAUUCAGGACAUUAGUUUAACCAAGUGAUACAGGCAAAUGAAUACUACGCAGGAAGUUUUAUUUCAAGGAAAAUCGGAAACGCCCACAGGAAUCUGCUAACUAUUUUACUAAUUGACUUAGGAAUUCGACAAAACUUGUGUAUUUUAGUAAAUAAGAAUAGCAUUGUCUUGAUACUAUGCUACUUUUAUUGUGAUAUAUGAUUGUAACAACUGUAAAGGACAUUGUUUUGUGAUGAUGGAGUAUUCCCCGGGAAGAUGGUGAAUUUAUCCAGGAAGUUUUAAUUUUUAUUGUGUGUAAAAGUUUUACGUUCUGUGUUUUAUCAAGAUUUAUUAUAUUUAACCCAAACGAUUUAUCAAAAAUGGGGUGUGCUCUUACUGUAGAGGAGAAAGAAUCCAAACGGAUUGAUAAAGAACUUCGCACAGAUGGCAGUAAGAUCUCCAGGGAAGUUAAGUUACUACUCCUAGGUGCUGGGGAGUCUGGGAAGAGUACAAUUUUAAAACAAAUGAAAAUCAUCCAUGACCGAGGAUAUACGCCAGAGGAGUGUAUGGAAUACCGACCAGUGGUGUAUAGCAACAUUUACCAGUCCAUGACCACCAUCAUCAGAGCUAUGGGAAAUCUGAAGAUAGACUUUCAAGAUCCUGAACACGCUGAGGAUGCGCGCCAUUUAUUUGAGUAUAACAUGGAUGGAGGCCUGAGUCCUGUAGCGGAUAUCCUACAACGGUUAUGGGGUGACGGGGGAGUACAGACCUGUGUCAGUCGUUCCCGGGAAUACCAACUCAACGAUUCUGCAGAAUAUUACCUGAAUGAAUUGGAAAGGAUAUCCACGACCGGAUAUAUACCGAGCACCCAGGACGUGUUACGAACACGAGUCAAAACAACAGGGAUAGUCGAGUCCAGGUUCCUGUUUAAAAGCGCGCAUUUUAAAAUGAUCGACGUCGGAGGACAACGAACAGAGAGGAAGAAGUGGAUCCAUUGUUUUCAGGACGUGACGUCAAUUCUGUUUAUUGUUGCUAUGAGUGAAUAUGAUUUGACCUUAAUUGAGGACGAAGACGUGAACCGAAUGGGUGAGAGUUUACGACUGUUUGAUUCCAUCUGCAACAACACGUGGUUCGUGAAGACCUCCAUGAUCCUUUUCCUGAACAAGACGGACUUGUUCAAGGAUAAGAUAUCUCGAUCACCACUCACAGUUUGUUUCUCCGAUUAUCAAGGUCAGAACACCUUCGCAGAGACAGGACCAUACAUUCAGUUUCAGUUUGUGAGCACCAACAGACGCGAGAACAAGGAAAUUUACUGUCACUUCACAUGUGCGACUGAUACCAACAACAUUCAGUUUGUGUUCGAUGCAAUCAGUGACAUUAUUCUUAACGAAAACCUGGAAAGUAUAGGUUUAAACUGACACGUUCAUGUGCUAUGUAGAUAUUACAAAGUAAUACUUUAUUGAAAAGUUUUCCGUGAAGGCAAGCACCCUAGAAAGGAUCUUACUCUAUGCAGCAGUAUAGCGUGUCAAACGUAGUUACUCUAUCCAGUAACAAAAUACCACGUUGCAAAAUUCACAUGUUUGAAAUUUUUGUUUCAAAUAUGAUGAAUUGACAAGAUGUUCCCUACUCACGGUUCUACCGUAAACCGUUGACGAACACCGUAUGACUUCUGUCCUUCCUGUAAUACAUGACUUUGAGUACGAUAUUAAGUAUGGUUUAACAUAAAUGACUCGUGGAUAAAAAAAAAUCCUGUUUCCUAUUUCGCAAGCGUCUAGCACGUGCGAGCUCCACUGGUAAGACUGAUAUUUGAUAUGUUUAAUUUGAAAUUAGAUUAUAUUUUUCUCAGGUCAGAAGUAAUCAUGUGUAUUUCUCAUUUGUUUUUGUUGACCAUUCAUUGGCCCCAGUGACCUCUCCUGUGUUGAUGGGCAGUUAAGCAUGUUAAAAAAUAAUGAUACAUAAUUCCUACAACGUAUUGUGUUAAGUGUAUGACUGUUUUCGCCCAGAAAAAAAAACAGUAUGUACGUGCGAGUUCCUAACGUGUCUGAAUAUUGAUGGGCGUGUUUUUCACCUGUUGUCCCCCUUUGCAGACUUUUUUUCUGGCUUUACUCGUUCUUUUCGCUUGGCUAUUGAAUAAGAUACUUUUAAACUAAAGAACAACAUCGACGCGGCUUUCCACCAGAAAGCACAAUUUCCAGGUUCGUCGUCGUCUAAUCUUCAUCUUCAGGUUUAAUCAUCUUUGUGGACUUACCAUGGCAUAUCAACGCAACAUCAGCCCUGCAAUUGAGUGUCAUCUCUCACAUAUAGUGAUUGAUCUCAAUCGUUGCUAAACAAUGUAGUCCUUAUACUGUUUCCUAUUAAGUAUACGACAAUGCACCACUUAAUGAGAAGGCGUGCGCGAAGAAAUCGGCUUCUGGAGAGCCCCGUCUGAAUUUAUUUUAUUAUGUUAUUUCGUUGUCAGGAUAUACUCGAUACUGCAUGGGUAGCCCUCACUUACGCUCUCUGCACCUCUGGAAUAUGUCAUAGCAAAAUUAAAGUCAAGAAUAUAGCUGUUUGAUUGGUCUCA